GCUUUUCACUCGAGAAUCAAUCGGUUCGUGAUUUCAGAAGCGACCGGGUUUUGUGCAGAUAAAGAGUCCCUCUCACAGUUUCAUCCUCUGUCACCCUGUGAUCUUGAUGUUAAACUCAGAUUGCUGAUCCCAUUGAGAUAUUCCUGCUUAUUUUUUCCUAUUCUUGCUUCUCUAGCCAAACCAUGUAUUAGUCCACUCGAGAAAUCAAACAUGUGGAACACUGAACUCUGUCUUAGUUUAGCUGGGGUUAUACUUGGAAUUUGCAUUGCUUUUGCAGCAGCUUUCCUUGUAAUCAGAUUGAAGAACAAAACGGAAGAGAAUGGGAUUGGGAAAGGAGACUUGGAGCUUCAGCAUCUCAACCUCAGUGUAAGAACAACCUGCGACAAGAAGGUUUCUUUUGAGGGAUCUCCUGACACUCUCAAAGGGAAAAUUAUUGAAACCACACCACGCAAGAUGCUCCUGGAGACUUACACUGUUGAAGAGUUAAGGAAAGCAACUGAGGAGUUCAGUUCAACUAAUCAAAUUGAGGGAUCUGUGUUUCAUGGCCGUAUCAAUGGGAAGAGCACGGCAAUCAAGCGCACAAACAGAGAGACAUUGACAAAGAUGGAUUUUGGACUCUUCAAUGAAGCGCUUCACCACCACCCCAACAUCCUUAAACUGCUUGGCACGUGCUCGACGGAGGGUCCUGAAUCGUAUCUUGUUUUCGAAUUUGCAGAAAACGGGUCUUUGAAAGACUGGCUUCACAGUGGGCUGGCCAUCAAGAACCAGUUCAUUGCUUCCUGCUAUUGUUUCCUUUCAUGGAGCCAGCGACUAAGGAUCUGCCUUGACGUGGCCAUGGCUUUGCAGUAUAUGCACCACGUGAUGAACCCAAGCUACGUGCAUAGAAAUUUGAAGAGCAGAAACAUAUUUCUAGACGAAGAAUUUGGUGCCAAGAUGGGAAAUUUUGGGAUGGCAGGUUGUGUUGAGAAUGACCCUGAAGACCCACUUUUGUAUUCAACCAAUCCUGCCUCUUGGAGCCGAGGCUACUUGGCCCCUGAAUACGUGCACCAAGGUACAAUUUCCCCAAGCAUUGAUAUUUUUGCUUAUGGGGUAGUUUUGCUGGAGAUACUAUCAGGUCGACCACCCAUAAGCAGGCCCGAUGAGAAAGGAGAAGGAAGCAUUUGGCUCACGGAGAAAAUCAAGUCCGUGUUGAAGUCAGAGAAUGUGGAUGAGCUAAAGGAGUGGAUGGACAGUGCAUUGGGUGAGAAUUACUCUUUCGAUGCAGCUAUCUCAGUGGCAAAACUUGCAAGAUCUUGCGUAGAGGAAGACUCCUCUCUGAGGCCGAGUGCUGGGGAAGUUGUUGAGAAGCUAUCGAGAUUGGUUGAGGAACUACCUGAAGAAGAGGACCACUUCUUCUUGUCUGAAAGCUCAACCAAACCUCUGGUCAAGACGCCUAUAAACAAUCAGUGCAACGUGUUAAAGAAGCCAAGCGAGUAAUUCAGUUAUGGUUGCUCAUUUAUGUCUCUUUGGUUUGAUGUGAAACAGAGCAAACAAAGAGUCUCAGGGGAAAAAUGAUUUUCUGAUUGGUCCAAAACAUCUGCAUCUAGAGUUCGGAAUUAACUAGUGUCUUUCAUAUUAACUAUGCAGUUGUCGUUGGGUGUUUUCCUCAAACAUGUAACUAGCAAACAAAUCAUAAUAAGAGACAGACACUCCAGUUUUCUGCUA